AUAUAUUAUGUAAACGGAAAAGAAAAAUAUUAUACCAUCCAUAUAUAGUAAAUAUUAAUUUCGUUCAGAAAUUUACAAUGGAAGUUUUAUUAUGAAAACCAUAACAUAAUGAGGAGUAUUUUAUUUAUAGAAACAAAAGAUUAUAUCAUUCAUUUAUAGCAAAUAAAAAUAAUGUUGACCAAUAUACAUUCGAAUAUAGAAAAUUAAUUAUAAAUACUUAUUACAUAAGAUGUGUUACCAAAUAUGGAAGAUUUAUCAUGAAUAUAUAUAUAAACACAAUGAGAGCAUACGAUCAAUUCACAAUAAGAAGAAAAAUACAUAAUACCAAAAGGUAAAUCAAGUUAGAAAUUCUUCUCUUUUUUACUAUACAAAAUUUUAGUUUUUUGUAAUUUUAUUUAUUCAUAUUGUAAUGUAUAUACGUUUUAAUAUAUGUAAAAGUAUGUAUUUCAUCAGAAUUUUUCUCUAAGAGUUCUUACACCAGAAUCUCGUCUAAUGUUCAUGGUAAAAUCUGUAUGUUUUGUUUCUUUGAAGGAUAUUCAGCAAAGAGUUAUUCUAACUUAUACAUAGAUAACAUGGCAACCAAGAAAAGUUUAUCUCUUCUGUUGUCUUUGUUGAUGGUCUUUACUCUCAUAAGCCUUUUUCCUACAAUUACAGGCAAAGAAGGAGAAUGCCAACCACAAGGAAAAUGCGAGGGCCAGACGCCGGUAUGGACAUGCAAAACAAAAUGUAUUCAUUUGGGUUACGAACUUGGAGAGGAAUUUGCUUAAAUCAUAUAGGUGGUCCAAACGAGCCAACUACUGAUUAUUGUUGCUGCAAUGUACCUUCUUGGUCGUCUUAUGGGUCCUCUUAUCGACCAAUUAAUUCGUAAUUUAAUAUGUAUCCGCCACUUUUUUCAUCCAAAAAGUUAGUAUCCUCAAAUUAAUAUAUCUGGUAUUCAAAUAUGAUGUAUUUGUUAUUUCAUGCAAAGAAAGCGCUACAAUUAUAUACUUUUAUUUACAGACUAACCUAUUAAAAAUAUAAGAGCACUAAAACCUUUUGUCAAAAUAAAAUAAAAUAUAAGACCAUGAUUAACCCGAAGUUCUUAGAGUGGGGUUCUUAGCAGAAGUUAAGAAACUGUUUCUUAACUUUUAACUAAAAAAGUUUUAAGAACCGGUUCUUAGUUUUUUUAGUUAAAAGUUAAGAAACUUCCGCUAAAAACCCCACUCUAAGAACUCCGGGUUAAUCAUGCUCCACGAGCACUUAAACCAUCAUCCCAUUCUUUCACUCCGUGUCCUUUAGCUUCCUCCUUUAUGACCGUUGUGUACCGCGUCGAAUCUAAAGGUUUUACUGCUUUUUUGUUUUUUGGCAACAAAGGUUUUAUUGGUUUUUUUUUUUAUUUGAAUUAUUACCAACUUGAGGGGAAAAAUGCAAAAUCAUUUGCAGAAACAAAUUCAGCAGUUGUUUAACCUAAAAAAGAGCACUAAAAUCAAAUAAUUAACAUUUGAUCCAAAAAACGAUUCUAGAUGCACAAAUCUCGUCCACAAAAAAAUAAAAAUGCACAAAUCUCAUUUGACCAAAAAAGUACACAAAUCUCCAUAGAGAAAAGAUAUCAUAACACCGUUCCUAGAGCUAUGACGGAUCUGGAUAUCCGAGAUAUUUAGAAUAUCCGGAUCAGUAGAUUCAAUACCCGGAUCAGGAUUUGUGGCUUCUGAAUAUCCAUAUUUCGGAUAUUCGUCUAGACAAUAUAUUAUGAUGGAUCUGGCUCCUCCGCCGGAUUCUUCAGAGCCGCCAGGGGAAGAUUUAGUUCAUCAGGGAGAUUGGGCUGAUGUCGUGAAGCAGGGUAUCGUAGGAGGUGGUUCGAAAUGUGUGAAUCAGAUCUGGGUUACGGCGGCGCAGGAUAAGAAACAAUUGAGGAAAUACGAGGUGGAAGUUUCACAGAAGGAUGGGGUCAUUAUGGUUGAGAUUCCGGAGGGGAUUGUGGAGAACUCUACUCCACUAUGGGAAGAUUUUGUGGUAGGGAAGUUCUUAGAUCUAGCUCCGCAUGUCGCUAAGGUUCAUAUGGUUCUAAAUAAGAUCUGGAAAUAUGGAGAUCAGUCUACAAAGAUUGAGAUCUUUGAGGUAAACCCAACGACUAUGAGGUUCAAGGUUUCGAGUCCGAAGGCUAGGGAGAAGAUAAUUCGACGGGGAAUGUGGAAUGUUGUAGGUGUGCCGAUGAUUGUGACGAAAUGGACACCAACAACAGAGGAGGAGGCUCAGAAAGAGGAAGCUAUUCCUAUGUGGGUUCAUCUGGAGAAGGUUCCUCUUCAUAUGUACUCGUGGGAAGGGCUUAGCUUCAUUACGAGCACAGUCGGCCUUCCUGUGAAGCCACAUCCGGAAACCACUGCUUGUACUAAUCUAAAUGAGGCGAAGAUUUUUGUGAAGGUUGAUGUUUCUAAAACAUUGCCUAAGGAGAUCACAUUUACUAAAGAGGAUAAGCAAUUCAUGGUGAAGUUCUUUUACCCAUGGCUGCCGGCUAGGUGUAAGCUUUGUGAUAAGUGGGGACAUAGUGAAGCAGUUUGUGCUACAAAGGGUAAGGGGAAGAGGAUUAGAAAUGCUUCUGGUUCCCCAUCUCAAGCUAGAGUUAAAGAAGGGGGAGGUUCUAGUCCUGUUGGUGGAGUGAAGGAAGCAGUUACAGCUCAGAAAAGUGGAGGCAUUGAUGUUGAAGGCAAUUGCGAAGGUGUAGCUGUUGGGGUGGGUAAUAUCAGUAUGGAGAAGAAUAGUAGUCAGAGAUUGGGCAUUGGUGUUGCUGGUGGGACUAGUGAGUGGUCUAGGGUAUCUCCAGCUAAGUCAGGCAGGUCUUUAUUUACUUUGGCUCAGGAAGAAGUAGUUAUUUCUGCAUCUAAAUUUGCAGUGCUAAGUGUUGAUGAACCUGAAGAGGGUGAACUGAUAGAAGGGAAGCUACCGUCAGUAGGAGAGGUUGGGAAUGCUGGAACUGAGGAUAUUGAUGAGAUAGAGAGUCUGGAAAAUGAUUUAUUGGAUGAUAAUAUCUUGGAUCAGCAGGUCCAAGAGGAGAUUAAGGCAGGGUCGAGAAGAGGUAGGAAGCCGAAGGCUCCGGAUGCAAAUCCGGUUAAGAGCUCAAGGCCUCGUCGGAAAAACUAAUCAAUGGCGAGUUUCUUCUGGAAUGUGCGGGGGUUUAAUAAAUAUUUG